AUCUGCUGGCGUAUGGUCGCUGCUACGGAGAUCCUCGUGUGUUUGGCUGCGCUCAAGUUCAACUGCACAUAAAACAUAUCAUCCGCGACCGUCGGCCCGAGUGCUUGCGAAUGUUUGUGUUCACGAUUAUUGUGUGUGUGUGCAUCGGUGUGCAAUAGCGAUCAUAUCAUAAAAACGAUUAGUAUCCAUAUCAUCGCAGUAGUCAAUCCAGCGGUUACCUAUGGGUUCUUAUUAAGUAACUUAAGUCAAAACAACACCGAUAUAAUUUAAAUCAUCGUUUUAUCGUCAUCUGGUCGACCAAAUUCCACUUGUACAGUUGUCGCCAGACUUAAGUCGACAUCACACACCUGUCCACGUACCUCAACAAUAAAUAAAGUUCAUUAAAUUUCAGUUGGUGUUUACAAAAAAUACGUGAGUGAAUGUUUCGAGAAAGAUUUUUUUUUGGGUCACUAAUCGUCCUUCGGCCUACCAUCGGUUACAUCGUAUAUAAUAUCUACACAUUCAUAAUAUUCAGACUAGGUACUCGAGUAUCUUCGACGGCGCCAUAAUCAUGGCGAAGUACACGCUGACACAAAAAUCGUUCAAAGCGUUUCGUUGCGCGGUAACGUUAGAGCCCAUGCUGUUCGUGUACUUCACGGCCACCGUGCUAUCGUACAACGUGAGCACGAACAUGCUGUUUCACAAGGGAUGCGACCCGAACGCGACGGCGGCACCAGACCUGCGCGCCUCGACGGAUUGCCUGCUGGAGAACAGCGCGCAGCACGGCGUGUCGUCCAUCAACGUGUGGAAGCACAUGAUUCAGGAACUGAUUUCGGUGGUGUUCAUCAUUUUCGUGAAAUAGGUCUGAUGUAUAUGUAUUUAAGAAAGCAGUUUGACUUCAGAGAAAUCGAUUAUAGUUUAUUUAAUACGUAUUCAAUGGGAAUCAUGUUAUUUGGAUCAAUAGUUUCCCUUAAAAUUUUGAGCCAAAAACUUAAAAUGAACGAUGCAAUGAUCGGUCUGAUUGUUACGACAUUCGAUAUUGCAACUGCUGUAGGAUUUCUAUCAGUCACUAAAUUUCAAUAUUUAUUAUUUGUACCUCCUUUAGAACUAUUUCGUGGUGCAGCAUUAGCUCUCUCAGGUGCCAUAGCUUCAAAAUGUGUGAAACCGCAUGAGUUAGGAUCUAUGAAUUCCGUGAGAACGGCCAUAGAAAAUUUAUCAAAAAGUGCAAUUUUGCCAUUAUAUAGUAUAGUAUAUAACAAAACACUGGAAUUUAUGCCUAGUGCAUUUUUCAUCAUUAGUAUAUGUUUAACCGCACCGUUAAUCGUAUGUUUUGGAAUUACUUAUUACUUGACCCGAAAUCAAGAGAAAUCGGUUAAUUCUGAUCUAGAAAAAUAAUUUGGAAGAUACACUAAUUAAUGAUACUAAUAUUACUACUAAUACUAAUGAGAUAAAAUCUGACAAUGUUGAAAGACUUGUGCAUAUGAAAAUCAUUUAUUUUAGGUAUUUAAAUAUUAUGUUUUUAGACGUAUAGUAUAAAAACACCAUAAGUUGUUCAAUCACCAGUUAGGGUAAAAAAUAUGCAAAUAUGCUUCUUAAAUAUUUGUGAAUUAUGAAAAUGAAUGUUAAA